CCCUGGAGAAGGAAAUGGCAACCCACUCCAGUGUUCUUGCCUGGAGAAUCCCAUGGACAGAGGAGCCUGGUGGACUAUGGUCCAUAGGGUCACAGUGAGUCAGACAUGACAGCACAACUCAGCUUUCCCUGAGUUACCCAUAAGAAACUACUGAUUGGCGAAAUAGCUUGUCACUGGAGAACUGUGUACCAAGCCAUGGGUGGGGAUCACAUAACUGCAUUUUUGGUUGUCAUGACUGGGGUGGAGUGCUCCUGGCACCUCACAAGAAAGGGAUUCUAUUAACAUCCUGCUGUGCACAGGACAACCAACCACUACAAAGAAGUUCCUAUCCAAAAUGUCAGUAAUUCCUAGGUGGAGAACCUUGUCCUUGACAAACCAGCUUUGAGAUUUAUCUUUUUAAGUUCUUUCUCCUGCACAUUAGCUUUUUGACACCACCCCUGAAUCCAUUUGCUUUCCUUUUAGUUACCAAAUCCUAUGUUUUCAGUAUCAAAGUCUGAUUCUACCCCCAUUUCAUUUACACUGCCUGGUAUACAAGCCCAGCCCUCAUCAAUUCACAUCUGUAUAAUUACAGUAGCCUAAUUCGUUUUACUAUUGUCUCCUUGUACCAGUAAACCAUUUGACACCUUUAACUCAGAAACUGUUGGUGGAUCUCCAAAGGUGAUUGUUAAGGUUAAAGACCUCAGUUCAAGGCCCUCCCUGAUGGGCUCUACCAACAUUUUAACCUUAUUUUCUUUCCCCCAUACUCUGAACCUAUACAUAGUACUCCAGCUAAACUCGGUGCACAAAGUUUUGGAACAAAGUCUUUCUGCCUUCUCCUCCUGAAAUUUUUUUUGUUAGUCUUUGUCUGCUACCAAUCCUUCUCAUCCUUUAAGGCCCUUAAAUUCUCUUUACCACUUCACAGCUUUUCUUGAAUUACCCCAACCAAGUAUCUCCUUGGAAGCCACAUAUCUUCUCUCAGGAAGUAAUGCUUAAAAUUCUACAAGCAAAGCUUCAACAGUACAUGAACCAUGAACUUCCAGAUGCUCAAGCUGGAUUUAGAAAACGUAGAGGAACCAGAGAUCAAAUUGUCAACAUCCAUUGGAUCCUCGAGAAAGCAAGAGAGUUCCAGAAAAACAUCUGGUUUGUUGACUACACCAAAGCCUUUGUGUGGAUCAAAACAAACUGUGGAAAAAUCUUAAAGAAAUGGGAAUACCAGACCAUCUGACCUGCCUCCUGAAAAGUCUGUAUGCAGGGCAAGAAGCAACAGUUAAAACUGGACAUGGAACAACAGACUGGUUCCAAAUAGGGAAAGGAGUACAUCAAGGCUGUAUAUUAUCACCCUGCUUAUUCAACUUAUAUGCAGAGUACAUCAUGUAAAAUGGCGGGCUGGAUGAAGCACAAGCUAGAAUCAAGAUUGCCGGGAGAAAUAUCAGUAACCUGUGAUACUCAGAUGAUACCACCCUUACAGCAGAAAGCAAAGAAGAACUAAAGAGCCUCGUGAUGAAAGUGAACGAGGAGAGGGGAAAAGUUGGCUUAUAGCUCAACAUUCAGAAAUCUAAGAUCAUGGCAUCCAGUCCCAUCACUUCAUGACAAAUAGAUGGAAAAACAGUGGAAACAGUGGCAGACUUUAUUUUUUUGGUUUCCAAAAUCACUGCAGUUGGUGACUGCAGCCAUGACAUUAAAAGAUGCUUACUCCUUGGAAGAAAAGUUAUGACCAACCUAGACAGCAUAUUAAAAAGCAGAGACAUUACUUUGCCAACAAAGGUCCAUCUAGUCAAGGCUAUGCUUUUUCCAGCAGUCAUGUAUGGAUGUAAGAGUUGGACUAUAACGAAAGCUGAGUGCUGAAGAAUUGAUACUUUUGAACUGUGGCGCUGGAGAAGACUCUUGAGAGUCCCUUGGACUCCCAGGAGAUCCAACCAGUCAAUCCUAAAGGAAAUCAGUCCUGAAUACACUUUGGAAGGACUGAUGCUGAAGCUGAGACUCCAAUACUUUGACCACCUGAUGCGAAGAACUGACUCAUUGGAAAAGACCCUGAUGCUGGGGAAAGAUUGAAGGCAAGAGGAGAAGGGGAUGACAGAGGAUGAGAUGGUUGGAUGGCAUCACCGACUCGAUGGACAUGGGUUUGGGUGGACUCUGGGAGUUUGUGAUGGACAGGGAGGCCUGGCGUGCUGUGGUUCACGGGGUCGCAAAGAGUCAGACAUGACUGAGCGACUGAACAACAAAUCCCUGGAAGCGGAGACUCUUCUUUACCUCUAUGCAAACUUAAGCAUUAGUUGGAGUGGUAGAUAUUAGUGGUAUACUAAUUAACGGGUUCAGUGUCAUCACUUAAAAGAUCUAAGGAAAGAACUAAAGAGUUUCUUAGUGUUAAAAUGUUGAAUCCCCUUUAAGGUAGUAAACAUCAAAUGAAUUUAAUUUCUCUUGCCAUUGGUCAAGAGAAGUUGAGUAUUUCAUUAGCUGCAUUAAAUAUGGAAAAGCCCAGCAGAAUAAAAUCACCCUGUUUGUAUAUAUGGAAGGGGAGUCAGAGAGGAGGGUAUAUUUUACCCUAGAAAUGCCAAGAGGAAUUGUUUCUUCUAGAACUAAGGAAUUCCUAUACCAUGCAUCCCAGUGAGACAUACUUUGCAAAGACAAACCCCAAGAUCACAGUUAAACCUAAAUUAAGAUCAUAAACUCCUAGGAUGUGUCAUUGAUCUCCUUCUCUCUAAUGCUCUAGGUUAGUAAGAGCUCAAGAAAUCUUUCUUGCACUCAAAGUUAUGCAACAGAGAAGGCCUGAACAAUUAACUCUGGUGUAAAGAACUAUACUUCUUUCUUCAGCCCACCUUGAACAAGUGAAGACAGUGGAAGUAUUAAUUCAGUACAUCUCCCAAGGGAAAGUGCUCUAAAUCCAAGAAGAAGCCUGCACUUCCUUCAGAAAAGGAUAAGUCAGAUGUCCACAAGAAAGAAGACAAUGGAAGUUGCCUGAAAAGCAUGAAAUUUGAUAAUUGGUCAGCUCUUUCAUCCUCAGAAGCAAGAGUUGAUGACUUUUCAGAGAGAACAAUUGCUUCAUCAGUUACAUCUGAAGGAAAUGAAGAGUACUUUGAAGACAGCAUUCCACCACCAGAUGAACCACCACGGACAAGUACCAGUGAAAGUAGAUUUCGAGUAAGUCACUUUAGUGAAAGUCAUAUGACAUCUUCAAAUGGGACUAGCUCAUCAUCUUUGUCACUAUUUCAUUCAGAAGUACAGGAAAUUUUGCUAAGGUGUAGUGGGUGUCCUAAAAAUGAACAUGAAACAAUACAGUUUUCAUCAAAGAAAUUAUUUUCCAUAAUGAAAAGUAACAAAAAUAAAAAUAGGAUGUUUUCUUCUGACUUUAACUUUUCAAGAACUUCAAGAAUCAUUAUAGAAAGUGAAGAUAUAGAUGUGGCACCAUGCCCUCCUGCCCAUCUGUUUCUUUCUAGAGACCAAGUCAGACUUCUGGAAGAAAAUGUGAGAAAUCAAAGCCCUUCAAAAUCCAAAGCCACAUUAGAGAAUAAAAUUACCUCUCUGUACUCAAUCUCUCUAGAGCCCUUGGUUCAGAAUCAAGAUUCUGCUACAGUGGACAUUUCUCCCCAAGCACAAGCUUCUUUUUCCAGACAAACGGCUCCUCAGAGUCAAGGAUUUUCCAAAGCCCAAUUUACUGGUGAAACUCACCAAUUUUUUAACAAUCAGGCAUCAGUCAACAGGCAGCCUGAGAGUGAGGCCAGAUACUUUGCUCUGCCUCAAGAUUUGGUGAGGGAACCACUUUCCAGCAGCACCCAAGACUCCUUCCAGACCCUAGACAUGGAUAGGAGCCAACAUCUGGUCCAAGUUCCACAGUCUGUUGAGACUCGAGAUUCAGUCAAGGGCCUAGGGUCUGACACAAGACACUCAGACGAGGCCCAGGAUUCUGUCUCGUCUGAAGGUUCAAACAAGAUUAAAUAUUCCAUCCCAGGGCAAGACACGAUUUUAAAGGAUGCCAGACAUCUAGUUUUACCUCCGAGCCCAAGUUCAGUUGCUAAAGUGAUGCCACAACUAGAGCAUGUUAAGACUGAGGGCCAGAAGCAAAUUGCUUCCUCAACAUUAAACCAGCCUCCUGCAUAUGGCUCACUGCCUCUCAUGACCAGGCAGAAAAACAGAAGAAAAAGGUCACGCAGUAAAAGUGAACUUAGCCUUAAAGAUCCGCCUCAGAAGUCAAAGAAAACACCGGCUUCACAGGUAUUUCAUACCACAGCGUGUCACACUGCAGAGUGCAGGCACUUAAGAUAUGAGCAUAAAACUAAGAAGAAAGAGUUACAUCAAAGAAAAGGUGUAUCAGGUAUAGCGUUGCAUUUUACGUAUGCUUUCAAGCUUGUCCCUCCUUAUAUUAGGAAGUAUUCCAGGAAAAGACAAGCGAAAUUCACUCCAGGUUUAACAGAAUGUAGAGAUUUUCUGCCGAAACCAGAUCAGUCACUAUGUGCAGAGAAAGUUAAUUACGUAGGGUCUGUUGAGGAAAAAGGAACCACAGGGAGUACUGAAAAUGAAGAGCAGCAUGGCAGAAACAAUAAAGAGCUGGAAAACAUUUCACAAGAAAUUCCAUCUCAGCUAGAACAGUCUUUCAUGGUCAAUACUUGUCCACACAAAGUACCUUGUCCUCCAUUAAUAGAAACAAACUGGAUGAAUAAAGAGUCUCUUGAAGAUCCAAAGGAAAUGGAUAUGACAGAGUCGUGUGCCCCAAAUAGCGAAACAACAUCUGACCUGCCUGUUGCCAGGCAAGAGACACCUUUAGAAGAAGCCAUAUCAGAACCUUUGAAGAAAUGUGUUUCCUCUCCCCAGAUGAAGUUGGACAGAAACAUGAAAACAUGGGAGGACCUACGAGGUACAGAGAAUUCAAAUCCUGCCCUUUCAAGCAGAGAGGAGUUACCAACAAGUGUAUCAGAAAUGCAAAGGUGCGUCUCACAGGGGAACACAGACAGGAAAGAUCUUGAAAUUGUUCUGGAGUCUUCCGACAUCAACAUGUUCGUUUCCCUAGGAGCCAAAAAGCAUAAAAGCAGUGGACAACCAGCAGGUGUAGAAAUUCAGGAGAGGCCAGAAGAUGUGACUGAGAAGGAAAAGAAAGCAUUAAGAGUUCACGUGACAGAGGAAGAUGACGUAAGUGGAAGUGAGGAACUCGAAUGCAGCGCUAGCAGCAGCAUUAACAAUAUGCAAGAUGAAAGCGUAUCUGCUGUGUUUCACGAAGCCACUCAUACUGCCCUUUCUUUACCACCUCGUCUGACAAUGCAGAGUCGAUUAAAAACCAAGAUGGAUACCUCAGAAAUAGAGUUUAGUUUUUCAGCAGUAAAGCCAGAUGAAUUACCAGAUAACAGGGAAAUGUAUUUUUCCUUUGAGAAGAACUGUCUAGUUAAAAAACCACAAGAAGACAACAGAGAGGAAGAACAACAGGCUCCACAAGAAGCAGCUUCGCAGCUAACGCCAGGUUUCAGGUUCAGCCUACGACUACAGCAGAAGCCCACGUAUGUCAAACUGGAACUAGGACAGAGUAGUUCAAAAGGUCAAACCACUCAAAAUGAAGAGCUCAACAUACAUCCACAAACUGUCUCUACAGAGACAACUGUGGGGACUAGCCAAUGCCCCACGAUGGAUCCAUUUCAAGGUGAGGUGAAGCAAAGCGCAGACAGACCUACAGGCAGGGAAACUGCAGACCCAGUGCAUCCUCUCACCAUGUUCGAGAGCUUGCCAGUUUUAACUGAAUCAACAGGAUGUGGUGUCCCCUUGGGUGGAAGCCCUGAGAAGUCCCUGGAUGCUCAGAUUGCAGAAGAAAAGCAGGACUUAGAAGGGGUUUUACCUGAAGUUGCCCUGGGGUCUUUCCAUAGGCAUAUGCCUCCUUUAUCAAAUUUGAAAAGGAAGAAAAUCAGAAAAAAAAUAACGGGAACCACAAAUGUACUCGGUUUAAAAUGUGUGAUUAUGAAAGUAAAGAAGCCACCAAAAUGUCACAGAAGAAGAUUAAGAAGCAAUUUCAAAGUCAUAAUUAAACACAUACUGCAAGACAAAACCACGGCAGAUACGCUUCUGAAUGUUAUUGACCCUCGUCUGUCUAUUUUGCCCCAUGUUAGAAUGCACAGCAGAUUAAAUGUGGGGAAUCACAGUCAUACUGAGCUAAAACAAGAGACAUCAGAAGCUGAAAGAGAGGACGACUAUUCAGCUAUCAUUAAUAAAGGAAGAGACUCUGGAAACUCACUAGAAGCAGCUCGGUUGCAGGGGGACGUAAGCGGGGACCAGGAAGCUUCACCAGAAGCAGUCCUUGAGGAUCGCUGGAACCGCAGUUUGGAUGAAGAUCCAGAGAAAGAGCUUAAAUCCAUGAAAGAAAUGCAACAACUAAUGACAUUUGCAGAAAUCAUGGCAGAGUCUAUUCUCAUGGCCACAACAGAUUCCGUUCACAUUGAGAAUAUGGAGAAAAGCCUGACAGCACCCACAGAUUUAAGAUGCACUGCAGAUGAUUCUGAGAUGUCUCCUCCCACAUCAGAAAAAUCACUGAUUGGAGACCCUUUAAACCACACAAGAGAAAGUGAUGUCCCAGAUGAUGGAAGUGAUACCAGGGAAACAAGUUACUGUUUUGCAGCAAUGAAGGCGGAACGACCCGAAGAUUUACCAGCAGUUUUCCCAAAGACUUUUAAUUGCCACAUGCCUGUCUUAUCUCACUCUAAAGUGAAGAAAACUAGAGUAAGAUCUUCACCCAUAGAAUGUAGAGUGAACUCCAAAUCCGUACCUAUGAAGACAUUGAAGCCAUCCAUUUCACAAAUGUGUAAUAUCACAGGUCAUCAAAGAAAGAAACUGAAAUCUGAGUUUAAGGCCAAGUUUGAAAAGGUCGGCCAAGUUAAUGGACUGGAAUAUGAAUAUCUAAACACCCUUCACUCUCCUGUGCAUAGCAGGUUACAAGGAGAGACAAAGAGCUUCUGCCAUGUUCAGGCAAAGCUCUGGGGUCUAGCCAUUGAAGAGAGACCACUGUAUGUUGAUUUUUUUGAUGAGAGUAAUGCACUCUGUGAUAGAGAAGAAAAAGUACAAGAUACAGAGGAAAAGAAACAAAAGACUUUGCAAAUAACGGCUCCGCAACAUACCCAGUACCUCUGGAUCAAUGGAUAUGGAGGAAAGGAGACUCACCUUGCCGAACCAGAUGCAGGCCUGCACCGUUUAACACAGGAGCAAGAUACACAGCACCAAACAUGCUUUAAACAAGCUGCUCUGCAGACUGAUGUUCAGGUGGGUCCUCGAGAAGCUGAGGAACUCCCGAAGACCAACAAACCAGAAGAUGACCUAACAGCCCCUGCGGGCUGCCUGUUUUGCCAAACACCAAAAUGA